AUGAUUAUUUUCGUCUGUACGACACAGACAUUGCAAAAAUCGCUGAACGCACAGCAUGAGAAGUACCGAAAAGCUCAUACGAAGUUCGCACAGAAGAAGCAUUGGCGUCCAAAUUUUGAGACGCAAACGGCGGCGCAUCAGUUUAGUAACCCCGCAAAUGUGGCGGCAGCGAACGAUAUACAAUUUUACGCAUUUAAUAGACCAGUGAAGCGCAGAUAUAAUCUACAAAGUUUACUAACUAGAAAGCCGCAAAACAGCGAAAUUUAUGCGGAGUAUGAUUUUGAGCGAAAUGCGUCAAUUACUGGGACUAAGGAUAUUGACUUGCACUCAGAAUCCAAUUACAAUAGCGCUAUGGAAAAUGAAAUACGUAUACUACGUCUCAUGGAAGAGCUUGUCAAAAUGAGUAGCCUGGUGGACAAAGAGGUGACACCGCCCGAGGUUGUAGUAGUGAAAACUACUGCAGAAAUUGGUUCAGAAAUAAAGGAUGAAGGCGCACCAAAAGUUGACAAAAACAAUUCAUUAAAUGACAGCACAGCAAAAACUACGAGUGAAAAUUUGAACAAAAGCACAACAAAUUUAAUUAGGGAAAGCACAGUAGGGUUUGUGAAUGAAGUGCAAAAUUAUACAGAAAAUGCAAACAGGACAAUAGAAAUGAACAAUUUGAUUAAUGAAGCACAAAAUGCAACAACAUCAGAAGCAACUAACAAUGCAGCUAAGAAGGGAACAACCGCACUGGAAGAUAACUUGGAAGUAUUGUUGGACUCGCGACAGCACUUGGAUGAGAGUAAAAGGAAGGUGUAUACUAAACAUGUAGUGAGUAGUCAUCCUUUAAAUAAUACAAGUACAUUGCAGAAGGAAACGAAUAGUGCUGAAGAACAAGAAAUGUCAAAAGUUAUUAAUUAUGCUAAUGUAAAUGACAAUAAAAAUAGAAUUAACAAUGACUUCGAUGAAAAAGUGGAACUGGAUAAAACAUUAGUUAAUGAAGAAAAUGCAAUAAAUUUAAUUUAUACGAAACCAAUUAAACAGACAGUAAAAGUGGGAUUGGAAGAUUUAAUUGAUGAAUUGGAAGCAAUUAUUGAUAAUACGAGCGAAGAAGUGCAGAACGAAACUGCUAAUGAAACAGAUACUAAUAAGUCACUAGAGGUACUACAAAAUCCUGAGUUGGUUAUAAAGAAAGAAUUAGAUAAGGUUAAGCUAAAGCAUCAAUUGGAUUAUUUGCAGUUGAAUGGUCCACAAAUAAAGGAGCAAAAGGAUGUUAUGGAUAGGAACACAGAUCAAAUUGAUGGAGAAAUUUUAAAUACUUCUGAGGAAAGUACACAGACCAUGUUAGAAAAUGGUUUUACUUUGGAAUCAAAAACAACGGAUCAAGAAGUAGAUAAGUUUUUGAAUGAAGCAUUAAAAAACUAUCAGAAACAAACUAAGCAAAAAGUGUUGGAAAGUGCAAUGAAUUCAAGUAAUGUGGAUAAGGAUGAGUUUGUAGGAAUGCAAAGUGCAGUAAAUGCAAGUAGUGUGUUGGGUAACGAGUCAGUUUUUAUAAAUAAGAACGUUGAAGAAAUUGAAGAAGCAAUAAGCAGUGAAAGUGAAAGAAAUAAAUUUAAAAAUAAAUAUACAAAUACAAUUCUUUAUAAUCCUUUAGCGGAAGUAAAAAAAAUAGAUGGUUAUUUACAUGGAAACGAAACGGAUGGAAGUUUUGAAAAAAUAAGUGCGAAGGAAACUUUUAUAAAUAUGACAAAUUCAACUACAGGAUAUUUAAGUGAAAAUAUUGGGAUUAAUGAAACAAAUGAUAUUUAG